AUGGGGUAUCGAUUGGUGGACAUUCCGAGCACUGACACCCGACAUAGCAAAGAGCAUGCCUCCGCAGUCUUGCAAAGCGGGAGAGGUUUCCUCCAAAGCGUCAAUGACUAUGCGAAGGUCGUCUUGCGAAGUCUAGGCCUUGCCAUUGCUGGAUCGCUGGGAGGUUGGCGGGGAUCUGAAGGACCGAAGAUUGCUCUUCGCAAAAGUCGUGGCAUUGCGGCGGCGAGAGCCAGUGUUCACCUCAUCCCCCUGGUCGCUUGCGGCGUCGUCCUCGGAUACAAUUUUCGAAUCGUCUUCGUCGAAUACAACGCCGCCUACUCAGCUCUCCAGUUUGUCGCUAAGCUCCACGAGAUGUUGAUGCAGGCGUCCAUUGCGGCAAUAGUCCUUGCUUAUAUUCGGCAAGGACUCAUUGGCAACACAGCCUUGCCUUUUGGCGCUCUUCUCGCCGCAAGUCAAGUACAGAACACCUCGACGAUUUUUUCGUUGGAAUUUUGGGGGGCCGUUACCUCUCCAUCUCUCAGCCUCCGACGAAAAUUCGAACUCUUCACUUUUGUGCUGGUCAGCCUGGUCAUGGCCGCUUCGGUAGGGCCGUCGAGUGCUAUCUUGAUGCUACCAAGGGGAAUGCAGCCUCGAGUUGGGUCGCUCGACGUCUAUCUCAAUGAGACGGUUUUUUUCCCGUCUCAGUUGACAGCGGCUUCAGCUUCGGGCAUAGCUAACCUGGCAGCAGCUGAACAGAUUUUCUACCGAGACCUCAUCGAAACGCCUUGGAUUACCGCCGAGUGGUUCGACGACAUCCAGGUAAACAUUACGUAUACGGUGAGCACGGGGCAAGAUGUUGGAGGGUACACUGUCUGCAGUCCCAGUCUCGCUGCGGUGUAUAUCGACAAUACUUCCGAGGACAAUCCGGCGUGGAAACACUUGGACAAGCGACUCUCGAACGCGACAGGCUGGUUUUCCAGCUAUCUCAGCAAACAGGCUUGUGUCAAAGUCUUCUGCGGCGUCCAAGAGGUGAGUGGGGACCACAACUCCUCCUACCUGCAAUUAAGGGGAAGCCAAAGCUCUUCAGACUCGCAACAGGCUUCUGGGCUGCCCGCGAACUUGAAUCUGACAGAGGGGGCGUUUCUGGAUUCAUAUAAUGGGACAACAGAUCCACACCUGAUGUGGCUGCGAACCCCUGAAUCCUUACGCAGCAACUAUUCGAUUAUCGCCGUCUAUGCACCAAGCCGGCCCGAAGACAGUGGCACCACGGCCAUAACGUGUGGUGCUCAGGCGGCCUGGCUGUCGUCCCACGUCAAGACAUCCGACUAUUACUCCGGAACGACUUACAUCAAUGGCGACGUUCCAUCGGAGGUUCGGGAAGGGGAUCCUAUCACGAAUACCGGCGGGGACCCCUAUAGCGAGAGUUGGUCGGAGCCCACUGUCCCCAUCAGCGUCGAAUGGGCAAACAUAUCGACAUCACCUCAGACCACCAACGACGGUCCCGAUCUAACAUCGAUUGUCACCACCCAAGACUUGUUUUAUCGGCUCGACAUGCUCUCAUCCUCUGACGACAGCGGAUGCGGUUCUCCGUCUCCGGAUGACUGUGCAUCUCCGUACGUGGACACUUUGCCAUACUUGACCGCUUUGCUGGGUACCAUGAUCGCCACUGCAAUGUCGGUCCACAACGCCUCGGCUCCCCUGAGCCUUGGUGGUUCUGAACAGACAGCCGGCUUCACGCGAGUUCGGCUAGACUUCUUCGGCAUCGGCACUGGUUAUUGCAUCGACACCUUCCCCGACGUGAUUGCGGCAUGCGUCCUCGGCCUUUAUUGCGCGUGUGCUCUUGGCCAUCUGGUUUGGUCGAUCUGUUCGGGCCUCAGUUCCAACAGCUGGGAUUCCGUCGCGGAACUGGUGGCUUUGGCGCUCAAUUCGAAACGGCCGGCCCAACUCAGGUACACGAGCGCGGGGGUCGAGACGAUCGGCGUCUUUCGAGAGCCCAUCCGAAUCCUGGAAAAUGAAACCCAGUCUUUGGAGAUGGUGUUCGAGAAUGAUGCGGAUCUGAAAGGAACUCAUAAGAGACUCAAGAGAAACCAGGAGUACUGA